AUGGCGGCAUACACCGGAUCUAAGCCAUUGGGAUGGGACUCAUGGAAGGAUGUGAAGUCUGAUAGCUAUAAGUUGGUCGGCAUGCGUUCGCCUGAGAGACCCGGCAUGAGCGAUUGCGCCGCCAUCCUACAGCUUGAAUCCCCAGCUGCUGCUCCAUCAGCCCAUAAGCUACCUGACGCUGGCCUGGCUUACAAAACGUUGCGCGACAAGUGGAUGCACGAGGAGCCGGAGAUCAAGGCUUUCCUUGCCCUGCGCAUGCAAGGCAAUCGCAGCGGCAAUCGACUCACUAGUGCCAGACGCAUCGUGGAGAACUUGACCAACUCUGAAAGAGAGUUCCAGGAUGGUCAAGUACUGGGAAUGCUCAGGCAUAAAGUGGCAAGCUCCGUUGUCGAUUCACUGGCUACGUGGAAGAUUUUGCAGUUGUGUCCAGGAGACGGCGAAGAGCCAGAACGCCGCAGCGAGCCACGUAUCUACCCGGUGUACAACACAAACGAGAAACAGAUCCUCGCGGCUCGAGACAUCCUGUCUAACAUCGCGAUGGAGACUAGAGAGGGUCGUACUAUGGCAAUGAUGCCUCCGAAGAAGGCAGCUGACAGAAAGAAGUGGACAAAAGAACAUGCCGGCUACAAGCUCAGAGAGCACGUGCAAGCUUGGUUGACCAAGGAAGGAUACGAUGUGAAGAACUGGAUGGUUUUGGAGGAUAUUGUUACUACGCCAGAGCAAGAUUCUGAGGGCCGUCCCCUGAUCAAGCUCAACAUCGCGUCCACUGCUUGGACCUGGAAGGUCAGCGCGGGUAGCUUCGAUCAUACCUUUGCUGGAAUCAGCAAAAAGGUCAAUGAGCUCUACAGCGAGCAACACAUCGGAACGCCGGAAUUUUCAGUAACGAAGGUUGAGUUAUAUAAGCCUGGCGAACUCACUUUUCCGAGCCUUGCUGAAGAAGAACUGGAGAAGACUAUUGCAAAGCAUGACGACGGCUCACUGCUGACUCUUCGGCUUAUCACGACACUGCCACAGGCAACAAGCAGCGACUUUGACGCCAAGAAGUGCCGUGAUGGCAACGAGGAUCCGGUCAACAAGUGGUUGCGCCUCUUGUGA